AUGCUCAGGGUCCAGUCGGCAUCCUUGCUGGCGUCUCUUAGCCCUCCUGCGGACCCCUGGUCUCCUGGGACGCUCCUGGGACCCCCCGGCCUUGUACCACCGACCCAGACAGGGCUGACUCUCAACCGCUGUUCGGUUCAUCGCGAACCACCGUUUGCCAUUGGCGCUGUUCAUGGACAACCGUCAACGCUUUCUUCUUACACUACGGCAUACAAAUCAUACGAUGUAUAUCCAUCGAGACGGCGGUGCCUAAUUCGAAGCCUGCAAGCCGCGAGGACUUGA